AUGGCUCCCUUUGGAAGAAAUUUGCUGAAGACUCGGCAUAAAAACAGAUCUCCCACUAAAGACAUGGAUUCAGAAGAGAAGGAAAUUGUGGUUUGGGUUUGCCAAGAAGAGAAGAUUGUCUGUGGGCUAACUAAACGCACCACCUCUGCUGAUGUCAUCCAGGCUUUGCUUGAGGAACAUGAGACUACAUUUGGAGAGAAACGAUUUCUGCUGGGGAAGCCCAGUGAUUACUGCAUCAUAGAAAAGUGGAGAGGCUCAGAACGGGCUCUUCCUCCACUCACUAGAAUCCUGAAGCUUUGGAAAGCUUGGGGAGAGGAGCAGCCCAAUAUGCAAUUUGUUUUGGUUAAAGCAGAUGCUUUCCUUCCAGUUCCACUGUGGCGAACAGCAGAAGCCAAAUUAGUGCAAAACACAGAAAAAGUGUGGGAACUCAGUCCAGCAAAUUACAUGAAGACAUUACCACCAGAUAAACAAAAGAGAAUAGUCAGAAAAACUUUCCGGAAACUGGCUAAAAUUAAGCAGGACACUGUGUCCCAUGAUCGAGAUAGUAUGGAGACAUUAGUUCAUCUGAUUAUUUCCCAGGACCAUACUAUUCAUCAGCAAGUCAAGAGAAUGAAAGAGCUGGAUCUGGAAAUUGAAAAGUGUGAAGCGAAGUUCCAUCUCGAUAGGGUAGAAAAUGAUGGAGAAAAUUAUGUCCAGGAUGCAUAUUUAAUGCCCAGUUUCAGCGAAGUCAAGCAAAAACUGGACUUGCAUUCGGAUGAAAACCAGAUUCCGGACGACCUGACCGAAAGCGAUGGAAUUGUACACCUGGAGGAGCAAUUAGCAUAUUACAGAAUGCUCAUUGAUAAGCUCUCUGCUGAAAUAGAGAAAGAGGUAAAAAGUGUUUGCACAGAGAUAAAUGAAGAUGCAGAAGGGGCAGCUGCGAGUGAACUUGAAAGCUCUAAUUUAGAAAAUGUUAAGUGUGAUUUGGAGAAAAGCAUGAAAACCGGUUUGAAAAUCCACUCUCACUUGAGUGGCAUCCAGAAGGAGAUUAAAUACACUGACUCAUUGCUUCAGAUGAAAGCAAAAGAAUAUGAAUUCUUGGCCAAGGAGUUCAGUUCACUUCAUCUUAACAACAAAGAUGGAUGCCAACUGAAGGAAAACAGAGGGAAGGAAUCUGAGGUCCCCAACAGCGGUGGGGACGGUCCUUCCCUUACUCCGAGAGCACUUAACUUGUAUACAAAUGACACAGACUCAGACACUGGUAUCAGCUCUAACCAUAGUCAGGACUCAGAAACAGCUGUAGGAGACGUGCUGCUUCUGUCAACGUAA